GCCAUUCUGCGCCGCGAACGAUCCCAGCUUACGAAUUGUGGUGCGUCGAUUGCCUUCGGAUUGCGUCGCACACUGGCGCCCCCACACUGGCCCGCUUCCAAAAGGUGAUUGCUCCCAAAAAACAAAAGCCUUUUCAGAUGCUUUGAAUUCGUGUUUUAGAGGCGAGUGUGGACAGAAGCCCUGGUUGCGGAUAGUGCAACGGUAGUGAGGGAGAGGGGCGUCGUCACGAGGGCCACAUCUUACAGGGCGUGGACUAAAGUGUUGGCAGCGCUCCGAUCAUAGAUUGGCUAAAGCGGGACCGUGAAUGAUCCAGACCCCCGAGGAGGAUUAUUACGAGUUUUGUCUUAUGCAAUUAUGAGUUCGGGUCCUUUCCCCCGAGCUCGCGAGAUGGCUUUGGGAGGUGGCUGGAUGGAAUUUGUCGGGCCUCUAGCGUGACGGAGGUGCCAGGUGUUUGUAGACGUGGACCCCAGGGGAUGACAGUUCAUGUUAAUUCUUGGGUUUGAUCUGCGGCUGCAGCGAGGCGCAGAAGAUGGCGUGACGAGAAGGAGAAAGAAGAUGUGAACAGGAAGUGGUGAAGGAGUUGGGGGAUUUGUCGGAGAGAAUGUUGCGUGGGCUGUGAAUGGGCUUUGCGGGGAGUGGAUGAUGAUGACAGGAGCCUGUUGCGGGUAUGGUUCUUGACUGAUCAGGUUGUUGUGUGCUCGUGAGAUGGUUGGUAAUGGAGCUCGGAGUUGUGGGUUGUGAGCUUUUCCUGGGGGAUGGGAAGCAAGGAGAUGUUUCUGAGGCGCGCGGAAAAUUUUGGGACCACGGCAGGAAGAACUUGAGCGUGGGUUGAAAAGAUCCGUGGUAGAAUCCCGGAAGUGUGGUAUGCCAGUGGCAUGGCGCUGCGGUUGAAGCGAGAGGAUUAUGAUUCUGUGAAGCAUGACAGGUGCUUCUCUGAGUGGACGAUUCUCGUGGGUCCGUCCGACUGGAAGGAGCAAGCCACUGGUAGAGAAGCUACCGAUCGAUUCCGGUCCCGCAACCUUCCCAGCCCUACUGGAGGGUCUGGAAUUUAUGAGUUGGGGGUUACAUUGCCUGCUUGGAAGACUGUGGAUCGGCACAACGAACACGGUAUCGUUAAAUCUGAGGAUGUCAUAGUAGUUUAUGUUGGCCACGCUGACAAUAUUCGUAAACGGCUCCAGCGUUACGGACAAGCUGGCGCACAUCUUGAGGGAACAAGGUCUCUGAAUUCGUCGAAUUUUUCAGCACCGACGAAGUCAUUAAGUUUUUUGUCACCUAACAAACCCUCGAGGUCCAGCUCUGUACAGUUUGAGGAUAUGCACAUGAGUAAUGGGGAGGAAUCUAUUGUGAACAAACUCAGGCAUAGAAGUGACAGCGACAGGCAUAUUAGCAGCAAUGGUAGGAGGCACAAAAACAUAGAAAGGCAACCGAGCAACUUCAACAUAAGUAUUCCUGUGGCUGAGCCCGUGUUUUCGGCUGACUCGGGUGCCAGAGGAUCUCCGCGAGGCCCCCGAUUGUUCUCCGAGGUCUUCGCACUUGGGUGCUCUAUAGCUUAUCGUUGGUCAUCGACUAAAACCAAAGAUGUAGCGGAGUUUUUGGUAUCAGAGCUAACUGAUGCAUUUGAUUACGCUUGGAACCGGGGCGGGAACUCUGACGUGCGGUCUCAAGAUAUCCUCGGGAAAAUUGUGUUAGGUAAAAGAGGUUAUGGGUCAGCGUGCUGUUCUAUAAAUAACUCGAAGUGGUCUCGGCUUGUAUUUAAAAGAAAGAUAGUCGGCAUCAAAAUCUUGGGCGCGCACAAACCUUUAGAGGCAAGGUCGCGAAGGAGGUCAGGACAGAGAGGGAUAGGGGGUGGCUUGUACCUUGUACUGAAGAAGAGUCCCCAUAUGAUGAUCAUGGGCGGGAAGUCCGCGAAACACUGUGAAUUUACGAAAAUAGACAUACCCGUAGAUCGAUGCGGGGUAUUAUUAGAUAAUGGGCUUGUUUGUAAUGCUUUACCUCAGAAGGGACGCAAACGGUGUCCCAUUCAUGUGGAUAUGAGAAAGUUAAGGCAAAGGAAGUCAUCACAGGUAGCUGCUCAGGAUUCAAGGAGCGGGAGCUUGGCGAGUGACUCGUACAGCAUUGAUUCAUGCAGUAUGGACUCGCACAACUCGCGAGGGAUUCCAGCGCGGUCAGCGCCAAGCUCGCCUUGUUUCCCUUUCCUAACCACGAAAAAGAUGCCGAAGGCUCCUGAGGAUUCGAGGAAGAGAGGGAGUGUGUCUUUCAACACAUGGUUGAGCAAAGGCGAGAUCCUCAAGGUGAAGAGUUUUGAGUGGUUGCUGGCGAUGGAGGAAAUCAAAGGCAGGGGCAACAACAACAACGACUGCAGCACGUCGCCGAUCCUGAAGCCGGAGGUACUCUCACCUGACACUAAGCCCAAUGAAGAAAAUCCAGUGCGAGUGAGCAGAAUCUCUCUGAAUCUCUCCCCAGUUAUGGAGACUGUGCGUGAGCAGCCAACUGAACAAGACGUGUACUCUCCGACGGUGGACAAUGGCAUGCCACAUACAAUUGUGUCAUGGAGAUCAUCUGUUCGGUGGCCUCCAGCUUCGUUGCGAGACUCUUAUGUUACCACCAACAACCCUUCACAGUUUCCUAGAAUAAGUUUUUCAUGACAACCCUUGAUACACACCGUGAAUGGUCCUACUGGGUUGCAUACGGAUCGUGUACAAUUGGAUUAGUGGGUGACCCCUGUAAUGACGGCAGUUCCUCCUGUACCAUAGAAUAGUGGCAUUUUUUGAGUUUCUUCCAGCGCUGUUGAAGCUGUUUAUGUAGCAUCAGGAAACUCUCGUUUCUGCUGAUCGAUUUUUUUUUUUUCAGCUGUCAGUAAAAGGAAGGCACUGAAUGCAUCGUUAAGUUAAUAUCUCUAGGGUCAUGACAAUCCAGCUAUAACAGAUUGUGCAGAAGCAUGGUUGUAGCUCCAUGAUUUAACAUAUUUCUGCAUUCCACUUCACGAUGUAUGAUUACUGGGAUUACACGAUAGAAACAGUCAAAGCCCUGUCCUUAACGGCACUGUUAAGAGUC